GGUUUGCGGCCCGAAGGGGACUCCCGUCCGUUAUUUACUCCGAUAACGCGCGGACGUUUUGUGGAGCCGACGCGAUGCUGACGCGCUACUUUGGACACCUCGCUCCCAAGUGGAAAUUCAUUGUGCCGCGCUCACCGUGGUGGGGCGGCUGGUGGGAGCGACUGGUUCGCACGGUGAAGGUGGGUCUGCGGAAGUCGUGCGGCUCCAGGUGUCUCUCUCGCACCGAGCUGGAGACGGUGCUCCUUGAGGUUGAGGCCUGCAUCAAUUCCCGACCGCUCACUCCGGUGACCGACUCAUUGGAGGGUGACAGUCCGCUGACGCCCUCCCAUUUUUUGACGGGACGCGGCACAGGCUUUCAGUCGAGAGUGCUCGAGGAUCCGGAGGCAGUGAACGCCAAGAUGCUUUGUGACAGAGCGCGUGUGAGGGAGAGACGGCUGAACCGCUUUUGGUCUGUUUGGCAGACUGAAUACCUGCGGACCCUCCCUCAGUCGGUCCGUAGGUUCAGAGAGCACGGUGAGUUACGGCAGGGUUCAGUAGUACUGAUUAGAGAGGACAACCUUCCCCGUAUGAAGUGGAUGAUCGGGGUGGUAACUAAACUGUUUCCGGGCAGGGACGGUCUGGCUAGGUCGGCCCAGAUCAGGACUCAGGGGGGACAAGUGAAGACCCGAGCCGUCCAGCGAUUGCAUGAUAUGGAGGUAUAUGACCCGUGAAUGUACCCACCUGACACUACCUGUCUUGCCGCCUGGUCACGAGUUUGCCAUGGAAAUGCUCCUGUGUUCCUCCCUCUGCCUGGUAGGUCACACCAGUUAGAGCAGCGUUGUAUGUUUGUUUGGAUGGUGUUACAUCCAAAGGCGGGGAGGAUGUUAUGGAUUUUUAUUUAGUUGUCUGUUACUGUCGAAAAGUAGCAGUGCUUUAGCUGGGUUUCGCUUGAUUGCGUCGCAUUUCGUAUGAAAUGCGUCAGUUUGUGUUCGGCGUGGUCUUUUCGGUUUUUGGUCUUACGCAGGAUUAUUGUUGUACGUUGUUCGAUGGAAGAUGGUCGCACAUGGCAAAAUAGACUCUUGCUGAGGAUUAGGAGUUUAUUUGGAACAAAUACCUUCGAGCGGAACUGGAGAGAGAAAUUGAGCCGGUGUUUGUUGAAGAUAACGAUGAAGAGGAAUUAUUGAUGCUCGAAGCACAUGCAGGACAACGGCCAGCCAUUCUGCUUGAACGCAACAAUGACUUCUUUGAAGAAACAGUUCCAAACCUUACAGAGCAGCAAUACAGGGAGCAAUUCCGCCUAUCAAGGGCGACUGUUGCCCAAAUAUCAAACAUGCUGGGACGCCAACAACAUCCUUUUGGUGCUGGGAAACCCCCUCCUCCAAGAGAGAAGCAGAUACUGCUUACCCUCUGGUACCUGGGGAGUGUGAUGAGCUUGAGGAAGGUCGCCAUGCUCUUUGGCGUUAGUACCAUGACAGCACUGAAGUAUAUUGCCGAAGUGACAUCUUUACUGGCCGAUAUGCAUGCUGAUGUUAUCAGGAUGCCAGAGACGGCGCAGGAGCAAGAAAACGUCAGUGCUGCCUUUGAGACCCUGCAUGGACUGCCAUGUGCAGUUGGUGCCCUUGAUGGAUGCCAUAUUCCAAUGAACAAACCGGUCAACACUGAAGACUCAGAAGCGUUCGUCAACAGGAAGGGCUUCUAUUCAAUAAACCUAUUGGCUGUGUGCGAUGCCAAAAGACUAUUCCGAGACAUCUGCGUAGGAUGGCCAGGCUCGGUUCACGACUCGAGGAUCUUCCGGAACAGCAGUCUGGGGAAAAGACUGAUGGAAGAAAACUUUCUUGACAGAGGAAAAUUCCUCAUCGCCGAUGCUGCCUUCCAGCUGCAACCUUGGCUGAUGACGCCGUUCCGUGAAAAUCAAAACUACUUAAACCCAGACCCAGUCAACAACCGAAAAAAGAAACACUUCAAUAAAGUCCUGUCAAGCACAAGAGUCAAAGUGGAACACGGGUUUGGUCUACUCAAGGCAAGGUUCCGAAGGCUGACUUACGUGGAAAUCAAGUCUGUUGAAAAAGCGACGAAAAUUGUCGUAGCUUGUUGUGUGCUGCAUAACCUAAGCAUGCAAUUGGGUGACCAAUGGGAGGAGGACAACGGUCUGGCGGCACCAGCCAUCCCUGAGGGACAGGAGCAGGGAGAACUGCAACAAGGGGAGUAUGCAGCUGCAGCGGGGAGGAGGGCAGAGCUGGUGGAACAACUGUGGCUGAUGCGAACAUGAUCGACCAUGCAGCACGAUCCGCUCCACUGCCGAACGGCGAAGUAG